AUGCCGCCUGCAACAAAUAAGACAUUACCACUAGAUGAGAAUGCUCAAAUUGAACAAAAAACGUUAACUGAUGACAAUGAAAAUAUAGUCCGUGUUAAGAAGUAUCUUAUUAUUCUUAUUGCUAUACAAUUGUUUCUAUGCGUUGUUACUCUUGGUUUUGAAUCUUAUUCAAUAAUAGGGCAGGUUUCAAUGGGUACUUCAUAUUCAUACGGAGCUGAGUCACUCGUCACAGUGAUUGCUUUAACAAUCUUUUAUAUAUUUGGUCUUAUCGUUACAUAUAAACAAAAUCGCAUUGGAUUAAUUAUCUUGGCAUCAAUUGAAAUAAUUCUCUUGAUAGGAAUGUGUCUUCUGUUUGGUUAUAUUAUAUUAGUUAUAACUGCGUUACUGAUUGCCUUUGGUAGUACGGGUCAGGGUUAUGGAGUCGUCAUAUUCUUUGGAAUUGUUAUUGCAGUGAUGGCAUUCGUUAUGAUUAUCACUGUUAAAUUAUCUUUCAAUUUAGCAAAAUUGAUUGAUAAAAAUCAGUAUUUGGCUGUCUAA